CCAGCGCACAGACACUCACCUGGUCCCCAUCAUCCGCCAUCUUGAAAACCCCGCGCACCGGAAGUGAGAGGACACAGCAGUGCUCGCGCUGGGCUGAAGAAGAGGUGUAUCAGCCAAUCAGGCUGGAGGGGGCGGGGCCAGAUGGCGAGCCUGCUGUCUGUCUCUGGUCUGCACAUUCUCGGCACCGGAAGUUGACAUUCUGGCGUUUCCGGUGUGUUACACAAGCUGCAGCAUGUGAAUCCAGACAGGGAGAGAUGGGGAAACGCAGGGGCUCUGUGGAGGAGAAGGCAGGGAGCAAGCAACCGAGGAAGCGGCCAGCCAAGCAGAGAAGGGGAAGCCAAGCCAGGGCUGCAGAGACAGGUGAGUACUGUAAAUAAAUGUUACAGUAAGCAAUAGCCCUCAUUCUGCCUGUGCAUUCCUCCUGCACAGAACCUGCUUACACCGUGUUCUCUGUACCUGCAUUUUUUGCAAUCAGUGCUUUCACUGGAAAGAUUAUUUGCUAAAGUGAGAAUUCAAAGUGAAAUUCUAAGACUGUGUGUGUAAAGCUAUGUCACUGCCGGCCGCGCGUCUGCCCUCUUCCCCCCCCGAGCUGGCCGCGCGCCUGCCCUCCCUCCCCCCCAGGCCAGCCGCGCGCCCCCCCCCGGGCCGGCCGCGUGCCUGUCCUCCCUCCCCCCCCCUCCGGGCUGGCCGCGCGCGCCACCCUCCCCCCACGGGCUGGCACGCCCGGGGCUGGCAGCCCGUCCUCCCUCCCCCACCCUGGGCCGGCCGCGCGCCUCCGCGUCUCCCCCCACCCUGGGCCGGCCGCGCGCCUCCGCGUCUCCCCCCACCCCGGGGCCGGCCACACGUCUGCCCUCCCUGCACCCCCUUACAGUAGGCACUUCUCGUGUAUCCCUAAUCUCCAUCCUGUACAAGUGUGAUUGUGCAGCAAGUAGUCUACAUGGGUUGAAAAGUCAUCCAUAACACCAGUCUACUUUAAGCGUUCUUCCAUUUUACCCGUUGGUCUCCUUGCGCCAAGCUUUCAUCCUGCACACGUGUGCCAUAUCAUAGUUUCAGCCUGUUUUCCUGCAUUUUACUCCUCUUGCGUGUUUAUCAUUCUAUAGCCUGUCCUUUAUUUUCACCUUUGCCUGUCUAAGCGUUGUAGAUGGCCUGUGUAUUUGCUUAACUGCUCCCUAUUUUCAAAAAGCAGCAGAAUGCAAAACAGAAGAGGAAGAGAUGGGGAAGCAAAGGGGAUCUGCGGAUGCAAAGACAGGGACCAAAAAGUCAAAGAACCUGCCUGCCAAGAGAAGGAGAGGAAGCCAAGCCAAGGCUGCCGAACAAGGGGGUGAGUUUACAGAGUCUACAAAGCUACAAAUUUGUGUCUGCUAUUAUUCAGUGAGCAACUUAUACUCCUUUGUCUCUUCUCGUGUCAGCCUUUUCAAAGUCAGUAGCAGAUAAAAUUAAAGUUCUUUAUUUUGCAAAAUGUUUUCAAAAGGUUGUUUUUACUUUAUAUUUUGCCAAUGAAUACUUUGCACAUGCAUGCCUUCCUGUUUACAAAUCUCUUUGUGGUUUAAACUCGCAGAUGGCAAGGACGACAUGCAUGAAGAUGGAAAGGCCCCAACUAAAAAAAGUAAACCCACAGCACCAGGUGUGCGAAACACUAAAAAGACUGUUAAAUCCUGUGUGGCGGAGACAUCCCCUGCAGUGUGCCCCAGAAAAAAACCUACCAAGCCAAAGAAACCAACUGAACUAAAAAAAGAGGAGACAGAGGAAGAAAUUAGGUAAGUAAUGUAGACUCUUCUAAUCUGCUCUUUAUAUUGAUCAACCAGACCUCCGUGCUAAUCUUUACACAUGAUGCAUGCAAACAUGUUUAUUCACUAAAUUAAGAAAUUUAGCAAAUUUAAAAUUGAAUUGCAAAAUUAAGGUUAAAAUAUAAAGUUGUGGAUAGCUUUUGGAGUUUUUUUUUAGAUCCUCUGUAUUUGACUAAACAUUGACAUUUCAAUGUCAGUUUGCUGUAAUUUGGUGUUUACUAAAUACUAUUGUGGGGGCAAAAACAUAAAAUUAACCAGAAAAUUAUACUUUUUGUGACAAAAUAGUCACACUGGAAAAUAUUCCAACUCUGUUAUCCUCAAUUGACAGGGUUAUUCAAGAGACACUAUAGUCACCAGAACAACUACAGCUUAUUGUAUUUGUUCUGGUGAGUAUAAGCAUUUGUCUUCAUGCAUUUUGCAGUGAAAGCUGUCUUGUCAGAGAAAAUGCAGUGUUUACAUGACAUCCUAGGGAUACCUUAACUGGCUACUUCUCAGAUGGUUAUUAAAGGUUCUAUUGGGGGCGCAGCACUGCCAUUCAGUGUCUCCACCGUCUGUAUGAUUCAUUGCAUCUCUAUGAGGAGAUGCUGAUUGGCCAGGGCUGUGUUUGGCUUGUGGUGGCUCUGCCCCUCAUUUGCCUCCUUGACAAUUUCAGACUUUCCCAUGGAAAAUCAUUGUGAUUGGUUCAGAUUAACACUUCUGAUUAUAUCAGCCAAGCAGCCAGAUCAGGGGCAGAGCCAGCAGCAGGCUGGAAUAAAGGUAAGAAUAUACUGUAUUUAAUUGGGCCAGGCUAGAUGGUGGUUUUAACACUAUAAGGUCAGGAAUACAUGUUUGUGUUCCUGACCCCAUAGUGUUCCUUUAAAGUGAGAAUUAAAAUUGAAUUUAAAUUUUAAGGGCAACACAGCUGAACCAGAGCGAUACUCUAAUCUCUUGAUCUCUCAAUGCUGUUUCCACCAGGGAUCUCCUAAAUCUAGAGAGGAUUAUUCCUGAAGCAACUGUAAAAAAAGGCAGUGAUUCUGAGGAUCCUGAAGAAGAGAGUGAGGAUGAGUGGGAGGAUGUAGAAGGUAUGGCAGAAUGGUUUGUUAAUUGUAUUUAAUGUUUUAUUUGGAGUUUUGUUCUAGCUAGUAACCAGAUACUUCCAGGGAUACAUUGUUGACACAGUUUAUACAUUGUAAUUCAGAUUAAUUGCGAUAAUUUUAAGAAGUAUGUGCUUAUUUGUUUUUUUUUUUUGUUUAUUGGUCACAGUGUUGAGUAUGAAAAAACAAAAAAUGAAUGCACAGUUCAUAUGUUGCUUUGUUAUAUGUCUGAGUUGUGGGGGUUUUUGUUACACUUAUCAAACUUUAGAUAAUUCUUUAUUGGCUUUGACUUACUAUGAUUCCUUUAUUUAGAACUCAAUGGGCCUGCAGUGGAGGAUCUUCAAGCCACUACAUCUUUGGAAACUGAUCUUCCUGCUGAGCCGGUGGAGAUUGAAAUUGAGACAGCAGAAGCAGCCAGGAAACGAUUAAGGAGGUAAGUUUCUUAUACCUUUUGUACCUUUUUGUUCACAGAUAUUUUCAUAGGCUCCAUAGCAGAUUUCUCUAGUGUUUAGAUUAGUGAUAGCUAUACUUAGAACUCCAGUUGGUAUGGACUUCACUUGAGUCAUAGCUAGGCAAGUGGUUAGUCCAUAACAACUGGAGUGGUGAAAGACUGUAUGUGCUUCACCUCUUCCUGUUUGCAGAGAGAAAAGGAAAGCAGAAUUUGCAGCAUACCUUCGUAGGAUGAUGAAUCGAUUCAGUAAGGAGCUUCGGGAAGAUACCCACAAGGUGAGGAUCAAAGCAUAAUCAGCAUAUAAGUUUCAUUAGUCCAUAAGCACGCUUUCUAUCAUACUAGCCUUCAAGACUGCUUUGUACUCUUCUUUUUUUUUAAUUUAAUAUCAACCCUCGAAACUGCUGAGUUGAAACAAAAAGGGGUUAAUUUUUUUGCUGAGUUCAACAUGGCAAAGUAUUGUAUAAACCAGCACUUUGUAGUCCUUCUGAGACUUUAAAAUAAGUUUGGUUUUUUUUUUCUUUUUUUUUUUUUUUCUCCCUAAUAUUGCAGGUUCAUUUGCUUUGCUUGUUGGGCAAUGGUUUCCAUCGCAGUAACACAUGUAACAUGCCUGACUUGUUGGCUGUGGCCCUUUCAGUAGUUCCAGCAAAGUUUACCUCUCCUGCCUCUUUGAAUUUGACAUACCUGACCAAUCUGUUGAACUGGUAAGUUUAUGAGCUAAACACAUGAACUUCUGUGCUGGCUGUAUAGAGAGAGCUUCUCUGUAUCAAAACAAAGAGGAUUAAACAACUCCUGACACGAGGGACACUAUUAUGAAAGAAAGAUUAACUUUUAUAUAUUGUGUAAUAACAUGUGCAAUCCUUUAGUGUUUCAGUGAGUUCAUUUAUACUUAUCUUUUCUUCUUGUUUGUACUGAUUAACUAUGUGCUUGCUUUCAUAAGACAUUGUAGCUUAAUCACAUAAGGCAUUAUUUCUGCAAAACUUUUUCCAUUAAGACCGAUGAUCAGGAGUGGUUUUAGACCUAAAAUGUAUUGUAGUGCAGUAACCAUAUAAAUGUUUAAUACAAUACAUAUACAUAUAAAUUAAACCAUAAAAAAGUAAUAUUAUUUAUUUUAUAUUGCUAUAAAACUGUACAACAUGUUUAAUUAAGACUAAUCAUUUUGACAGGGUUAUGAAAAAUCUUGAAAAAUGUAAGAUCCAGCCAAAAGAUAUGAUGUUUUAAAGAUGAAAAGUUAACCACAUGUAAAUAUAUUUUGCACUUUACCUAUAUUUUAUGUUAAACAAGCUUUUUUUCAGAAUUGUGUCCCUCUAAGAGACUUAGGCGUAAUACAACACAUAUUUAGCUAUAAGCACACUUCUGUAAGACUUCUGUGAUAGCUAAGGAUGUCUGUAAAAAAUAAAAGGGUGUUAUGGGGAGAAGAAAAAACGUCACUGUCCAUUUAAAGUGGAUUCUUGCAAUCCAAGGAAAUUAGAAAUGGGAUUUUUCUGACCGUAUAAGUCUAUGGAACAUUAUACACUAUAUGGAGAAAUAUAUUAAAACACCUGACCAUUACACCAACAGAGAGUUUUAUUACAUUGCAUUCUAAAUACUGUGAGCGAAAAUAUGGAAUGGUGGUUGGGGGAAGCAGCCUGAGGUUUUUCAGUUUAAUGUCCCAGGGAGAGAUGUUAAAUUUGCAAUAUACAUUGCUGGUAGUCUGCAAAACACGAUAAGGGUUCCCGAGGCAGAGCAUUUGGAGAGCAUGGCGGGCCAGUGCUCCAACAGCACAAGUUCUAUGUAAUAGCCACGCCAGAAUUUGUAUGUGACUAAUUUCAACUCACCUUUAACUGGUCAAUUAGCAGGCAGGCUUUUUAAAGAAGGGAUCAGCCUGCUGCAGAGUGAGGGAGAAAAAGCCAACUAGGAGAGCUGAAGGAGAGAGCGAGAGUUGGACGAGAAGGCCUGGCUCACAAUCCCUGUUCCAGUUCAUCCCAAAGGUGUUUGAUAGAGUACAGCAGGAAAAAGGAACUUCUCAAGACACGCAUGUCUCUGUUGUAAAAGCAUUAAGCCAUAUCACAAAGUUCCAGUUAUAGUGCAAACAUAAUAAAAUGAAUAGCAUACUUCAGUCAGAGUAAGAUUAGAAACUUGGCAAAUUAACAUUUUGUUCUAGCAGUCGGUCAGCACACAUUUUGGGAUAGUAAAGGAAAAAUAGGGAAACAAAUUAAACUGUAUUGUCUAGCGAAUUGGCUGGAUAAGCAUGUGUUUUCGGUAUGCUAUACAUUGUGGGACCAUGCUGAAAGGCAUAGUAGUGUACGUUCUUGUUGCAGUUAGCAUCAUGGUUAAAGGACCACUAUAGUGCCAGGAAAACAAACUCGUUUUCCUGGCACUAUAGUGCCCUGAGGGUGCCCCCACCUUCAGGGUCCCACUCCCGCCGGGCUGAAUGGAGAGGAAGGGUGUUAAAAACUCACCUUUCUCCAGGCUCCCUCGGCGCUGGGGACUCUCAUCCUCCAUUCCCCGACAUCGGCUGAAUGCGCAUUCUCAAUGCUUUCUUAUGGACGCUGGCGUCUUCUCACAGUGAGAAGCACGGAAGCGCCUCUAGCGGCUGUCAAUGAGACAGCCACUAGAGGCUGGAUUAACCCAAAUGUAAACAUAGUUUCUCAGUUUGUAUCUAAAGCAGGCUAGGCACAUGUGUCUAAAUGUAUGCCAUUGGCUAAACUUGUAUGCAGGUUAGGUACAGCAGACAUAACAGUGCUAGUAGUAAACAAAACUAGUUGUACAAGGUAAAGGCUAAGCUUACUCGUCUAGAUAGCAAAAGCCCAAGAGACAUUAUAAUUAGUAGUUAAUGCUAUGCAAUGAGUAACUUUUAUGGCAUGGCUAUAACUGAUUGACAUGCAUAGAAGAAGUGCGGCGGUUCUGGCUAAGAAUUUUGCUAGAUAUGCCACCGAGUCCUGACACACUCUGCCACUACAACUACUCGUGUUGUGGGCAUUAAUUUGGAGUAUGAAAAAACAAAAAAUGAAUGCAUAAGUGAGUGAGAAACCUAAUCAUGAGAGUGAACUUGGAUGAGUCAAAUGAUGUCCGAUACUAGUAGUGGAGUACACGUUGGGGGGGUUAGCGAGCAGGUUCUGCGGACCAGAAAGUCUAUAGUCAACCAAUACCCAUUCUGGGUAUGGAGGCACCUUGAGGGGGGGUGGCAAGUCGCAGGUGGCUGUUCUCCAGGCCCUAUGGAAGGCCAGCACCUGUAUUCCACAGACUCAGGAACAUUUUGAGACCGAGUCUUCCUCAUUUCGUGCGCUAUGGAAGGCCCAAAUCUACUGCCGCCGCCUGUGGCGGUUGGGCUUCCAACGAUGUGAGCAAUGCUGUGGAGGCUUUCUCCAUGUGGCCUUCGGCCCAGGUCGGUACUUGGCACGAGUAGUGGAUGCAGGAAUUGCCGAAGAGAGGCCCACUCUGUCUGAACUCCUCAGCCCUCCUCACCUCUCAUUUAGGGUUAGGUGACGUCUGUACGGUCAUUGCUCCAGAUGGUCCCAAAAUCAUUGGAACAGCUUGUCUAUUUGCAGGAGUGAGUGCUCCACCAGAUUGUGACAGUUCCCACCAGGAUGUGUUAGUGUAGGCACUGGCAGUUGGGUUGUGUCCGCCAUCUUUCUAGGCCCAUUGUCUUUGUAGCUUGGGCUAUAUAGCACAGCCGGGGCUGGUGGUGAUGUGUGUAUUGGGUCGGUGGGGACACCUCUGUUGGUCCAUAGGGGGGGGAACGGGUACCCAGGCUGGAGUCAACAGGAUAUUGUGGCAGUGGGAGAGCAGCCGACUCCAACACACAGUCAAUGCUUGUCUGCCCCGAGAUCAGUUUUUGGCCCCCCGCUGCCCUGCCACAGUUUUUGUUCUGAUAUUAAUUUCAGUGGAAGUUUGGAACUCUUCAGCUAUGGAAUCAGCAGAGCAUUGGCGACUUUUACUCACCAUGUGCCUCAACACUUGAUAAUUUCGUUCUGUGACUUUAUAUGGUUUUCCGCUUCGUGGUGAGUUGCUGCUGCCCCUACCACUUUCCAAUACCACUUAGUUUAACAAGGGAUGACAUUUUAAUAACUGACUUAUUGCAAAGUGGGCAUUCUAUCAGAGUACCACGUUUGAAUUCACUGAGGUCUUCAAAAGGACCCAUUUUUUUCACAAGAGUUUUGUAAAUGCAGAGUGCAUGGAUAGGUGCCUGACUUUAUACACCUGUGGAAAUGAAUCUGAUUGAAACACCUAAAUUAAAUAAUUAAGAGCUGUGUCCCAAUACUUCCAUAUAAUGUAGAUUGGUUGUUUGGAAUUUAGAAGAUGGUGAAUAAAAGAGUAUUUACUGUAUAUUUAAAACCCUUGCCUUAUUUAGUCUUAUUCAUGAAUCUAAGACACUGGAAGCGUUAAUGUCAAUUAGUGAGGUCAAAGUGUAAAAAUGUGUUUCAUCUUGAUACUGUGUUUUAACUUCUCAGGUUUACUGGAACUUUCACCUUAAAUCCAGAGAUGUCUGUGGACGACAAGGAACCCCUUUCCGGUACUCUGGAAAGGAGAUUUGGGGUCUAUGGAAUCAGAGAUGAAGAGGAGAUGGUUCAUGUAAGAUAAUUUCCACUAUUACUACUGUAGUGCGUAGGUGUGGCCAACAGGUGGCUUCCAGCUAUUAAGGACCUAUGCAGCUACAUUUCCCAUGACACUUUCCUAGUCUCUUAUUUGGUACAGAUUCCUGGGAGCUAUAGAAAUUGGUUAGAUACCGGUUUGCUGUCAGUUUUUUUUGUCAUACGCAAAAGCUGCUGUAAAGCAUUUAUUGUGAACUAUUACCUUGGGCCUCAAAAAAAAAUUUUUGACUCAUGUUAAGAACCCCUAUUCUAGAGUUAAUUUGUGCUCUUUUUUACUUACAGAUUUUUCUCAUUAUUCUUCGAGCAUUGAAACUUGUGAGUCGUCUGGUGUUGUCUCUGCAACCUGUCCCAUUUAAGGAACCUCCUGCGAAGGUGAAAAAGGCUAUAGCCUUAAGUAUUUAAAGAAGCAAAAGUUUUAAACAUUUAGCAUCUUGUCUAAAGGUUAAAAGGAUUACCGCCAUAUUUCUUGUCCACACCUGAAUUCAUUUAGUUUCUGAUAGUGAGUAAUUUUCUCUGUCCGAAAUUUUUCCCUUGCCAUGGUCUUUUGUAUCAAUUUGCAACUCUCUGUAUUUCUCGUUGUCUCCAAACCAGCUGGUGAGGAGCCCCCAAUGAACAAGACAAGACAAUGCAAGAUUCAAAGUGUUUUCUCAGCGUUUAAUGAGCUGUGUAACAGUUUAUGUUCAAGAGGAAACAGGGGUGAUCUUACAAGCAUUAUCCAAUCCUAACAAAAUCAGCUAUCUUCUCUUAACAUCUUAACCUAUAGCAAGCUUCCAGGUGUAUACCUUGCACACAGCUAAAUUUCACAAUAACCACGCACUCCAAAGUAAUAUGCAUGCACACUGAAAAUUAAAGAUAUUUACCACUACGUUCUAAAUUCCACAUUACUCUGCAGUUAUGAUCAAAGGAAGAAAAACAGGAAAUAAGGCCGACAGACAGAAGAAUACAGGAUAUAACACCUGUGACUUGAUACAUGAUAUUAUAUAGCUCUUUAUUGUCUAGGGGUAUAUUCACUAAGCAUUGGAUAUAGAUAAAAUACAUUAUUGCAAAUAGUUGACAUGUUAACCAAUUUUAAGCAGACUGGCCAGCCGGUCAUCUGUAUCUUAAGCCCUGGGUAAAUAUAGGCAAAGUGUAUUAUUCCCAACAGUUUCUUUUGUAUUUAUCUCCCAUUUGUGGUCUUUGUCAGCCCUCUGAUAUUCCUGCUUCUCUUCCCUUAUAUGAGCUGAUUACAUCAACUAUCUUACACUAUUUUUCCAGCCAUGAAUUAACUUCUUGAAUUGUAGUAUUAAGUGUUUUCACUUUGCCUCAUAUUGUUGCAAUGUGCUAUUGCUAUCUUGCUAAACAUACUGGUACUCUUGGGAAAUGUUACAUUCCAUUAAGAAGCACUGGGUAAUACUCAAUGCAACGUAACACUACAGUUAAUGGGUGCAGAGUACAAAGCUUGUGUUAGUGACAUUCUUAAUCAUGGUUUACUGCCACUGAAUUCCAAUUAAAUGUACAAAUGUUUCAGGUGCAUAAUAUGGAGAAAGGGAAAAAGAGGGUUACUGGGUGACAGAAUUUUUUUUCCCUUCAAAACUGGUUGUUUUACUGCUCAGGGAAGUUUCUAUAUUACAAAAAAUGAACAUCUCACCAUUACCUAUAUUUACCCAUAUUUGUGGUUUUGGUAUCUAGAGAGUUCCGUAUAAAUUUGACAGAAUGCGCUUUAGUCAAAUAUCUAAAUUCAUAUGACAAUUUAAUACUCAAAGUGGGCAGGAGAUGGCCAUUACAUUACACUGUGACAUCAAAAUAGCUUAUUAGAAUUUUGUCCCAAAGGAGCUGCUAUAGCAGUUAAUUGUUACAUGUACCUUUUUCUGAUUUUCUAAACUGUGCUGAUGGUCAGUACCAAGUACCAAUUUAGGCAGACAUUAAAGGAAGAGGUGAAUCUUGGAAAUAGCUUGCAAAUAUAUUUGACUGUUACAGCCAGUAGACGGUUUACAGCACACUUUUACCAACAACAUUGGAAAUGAGCCCAUUGUUCCUUAAUUCUGCUGUUUAUUCAAGUCUUGCCUUGAUGCUUUGCAGUGAACCAUAGGGACAUUGAAUCUAAACAAAUCAAAGCAUUUGUAAAGGGAUCUUUAGUCCUGGUUAAAUUAAUAUUAUGAAGAAAAGUUGCAAUAAACUGCAGUAAGGACAUAUGUGGAAAGCAAGGUGCAAAUACAUUUAUGAUAUGUACAGGUGAUCAGCAAUGUCAAGAUUACCUUGAGAUAACUUCAGUGGAAAGUUACUUUACCUUGUGUGUGCUACAUGAAUUGAUAGCACACUUUGCGUGCAUGUAGUCAUUAAUUUAACUUAAUGUAUGCACAUUUAGCCUAACAGUAGCAGCAUAUACUGUGCUUAACUUUAGUUACGAAGGUGUUAAUGAGCAGAAGCAAAAGUGGCACACAAUUCUUAAAUUAUAUUGAAUUUUUCCAUAAUCGCAAGAAAUUGUUUACUGAAUUCAGAGGUGAUAUUUUACAGACUGUGAAUUUAGGAAUAUAUGUACUGACCAUUUUACAGGGUACAUUUAAUUUUGUUAAUGUUUAAUUUGUAGACUAAAUGCACCAGUGACAAAUCUGCCAAGGUGUCCAAGAAAGCCCGUUCAACCCAAAAAUCUCCAAAAGGGAAAUUAAAGACAAACCCCAAGAAGAAAAAUGAGAAAAAGAUAAAACAAGAGGCCACUCUAUCUGGAGAUAGUGACGAAGGGGAGAAUGAGAAGCCAGCAGACAUCACUCCAGUUAGCAGACGUGCUCUUAAAUCCGAGAACAAGAGUAACUUAAAGGUUGAUAAUGAGAAAGAGACUAAACCAGGACCUCGUCCCAAAAACCAGCUCAGGAGGAGUGCUGCUUCCAAAGUGACCUACAAGGAGGACAGUGAGAGUGGAGCAGGAAGCAGUGAUUCAGACUUCUCUUUCUCAGACAGUGAGAGUGAUUACUCUGACUUUGUGGACACGUCAUUUGAAAAAAAGGUCAGAAGAGUCUCCGCAAUGGUAAAAGCAAAGUCCACAAAGGGUGAGGACAGCAACCCAAUGAGUCCUAGCAACACUGAGAAAUCCACAUCUAAAAGCUCCCCCAAACAUACCAAUAACACUAACCCUAAGAGAAGAGGCAAGAUUAUCUCCACCGAUGAGGAGGAAGAGGAGCAAACUACAGCCUCAAACCUAGGCAGUGAUCAAUGGGUGGAGGUUUAUUUUGAGAAUGAUGGCACGUGGGUGUGUGUAGAUUGUGUGAAUAAGACAUUGGGAAAACCUCAGUUAUGUUACAAGAGUGCCACCAAACCGGUCACAUACGUGGUGGCCAUAGACAAUGAUGGAUGCGUGAAAGAUGUGACAAGACGGUAUGACGCACAGUGGAUGACAAGUACAAGGAAACGGCGCAUUGAUGAAGAGUGGUGGGAGGAGACUUUGAUGCCAUAUAAAAAUCCAAACUCUGAGCGAGAGGAGAAAGAAGAUGCAGAGGUAAUGAAUAAUAAUCAUCCCAUCCUCCCUAAUUGUAAUACAUAUAUGCAUACAUACAUACAUCCAUACAUGUAAUAGUAGUAUUCACCUUGUGUUUCUCUGGCUGUUCUCUUCCUCCAGUCUGAAGCCUUCCUGUCUUACAGCUGCUCAAUCACUACUCUAAGUUUUUCAUUAUGUACGGAGUGGUAGAGGCCAAUCUAGGAACACAUUGAGUGAGAGGUGGUGGUGUGGCUAUUAAUGUAGGCUUUUGCUGCAGAAAACUGAAAAUGUGUUGGGUUUUUUCUGUUUUGUUUUUUUAAUCGAAACUAAAUAGAAUUGGGCAGUGACAAAAUACAGCAUAUGUAGGAGGACAAAAAAAUGACCACUAUAUAAUUAACAUAGAUAAUAUAGCUUUGACUCUGUUACACUGACCGACUACCUUUUUAUUGGGUGCAUGGCUUGACCCAGAAUAAUGAAUAGACUUAAUUCAAUUGUAUUCAGACAAAUUUUUACCCACCUUUUUUCCCACGAUGCGCUGCUCUCGCCGCUUGACAAAUUUUCUUUAAAUCUAGGAGCCAGUUUUUUUGUUGUUGUUUUUUUUUAAACUAGCAAAUCUUUCUUUUCAAUGACAAAAAAUAACAGCUCUUAAAUGGACACUAUAGUCACCAGAACCACUACAGCUUAAUGUAGUUGUUCUGAUGUCUAUAGCCUGCUGGAAUUUCAAUGUAAAUGCUGCCCUUUCAGAGAAAAUACAUUGUUUACAUUGCUGUCUAGUAACACCUCUAGUGGCUGUCAUUGAGACGGCCACUAGAGGUGCUUCCUAGUCCAGUGCUGCACAGUGCGCAGUACCUAUGUUCAUCAUCUCCAUGCACUGCAUGGAAGCACUGAACAUUCCCCAUGUUUCAAUACAUGGUUCAAUGCAUUUCUAUGAGGAAAUGAUGAUUGCCUCAGACGUUUGUCGCACAUGCGGAAUAGCCUUCCAAUGCUUUACUAUGGAAAGCAUUGGUAUUAACUGAGAUCUUCAAGAUUAAUGAUCUCCGACAAUAAGGCAAGGCCAGCUGCGGCGAGAGCAGCGCAUCGUGGGAAAAAAGGUGGGUAAAAAUAUCUUUCCCAUGCGAUCAGAUGGUGGUAACAGGCUAUACAGGGUGUAUAGAUCGCUGUUGCCUUUAAGUUAAUAAGCCAGCAUUGAUGUACUAUGAAGUUGUAAUCUGCAUUUAGAUUGAGAAUUUUUCUUCUAGAUCUGUUUGCAACUGGGUGAAAGGUAAACACUUAGAUUGAUCCUUUGUAGAUGUGUGGUUGUUCGGACCAAGUUUUGUAACUCUCAUACAUAAUUAUAUAGUCAGGAAUGGCUUUAGUAUAAGGUAUAUGUAACUUUCUGAUUUCUACCACUAGAUGUCAUUAUUGCAACAAAAUAUCCAAACAAAGCUUUGCACUAUUGUAGCAAUUUUGUCUUACUCUAGUAACAUAUAGUAACACAACAUGUUUCCUUAUUUAUUUUUUCAAAUUGUUGAAAAGACAGUAGGCAUUGAGACCAUUUGAUCUAAUUGGAGUGUUCUGGGUGCAGAGCUUGUUCCCUUAACCCUGCAAUGUAAAAGAUUGCAGUUCUAGUGGCUGUCUACUAGACCAGUGGUCCCCCACCCAGUCUUCAUGGACCACCAGCAGCCCAGGGUGUGUCAGUAUCUCAAUUUGAAAAAAAAAAUGAAAUCCAUAAAUCCAAGACUGUUGGUGGUCCAUGAGGACUGAGUCUGGGACCACUGCACUAGACAGCCACCAGAGCCGCAUCAGCUGACAUUGGUGGAGGAGCAGCAGAGGCAUCACAAAGGAGGUGUGAGGGGUGCGGACCGCACCAGGGUGUGUAUCGGGGGGGGGGGGAGUGACACCACCUUUAACGCAGGGCAAAAGGGCAUGGGCCCAGUUGCUCCUUGAGCCCCGCUGCCUACAAUAGUGUGCUAAAUAUUUUGCCAUCCGAUCCUUCGCUAUGCGAGCGGCAUCACUUACUUGCUCCUUCUUCCGACCUCCCCUGCCCUUUGCGUACACGUAUUCUGAGUCAUGGCAACGCUAGGGUGAGCCCUGGGUCAUAGCGCAGCGGUCUCCUCCAAGAAUUGCAGAGCGACCUCACACUCCUUCUUGGGUUGACACCAUGAGUUACAGCACCAGGUGACAUCAACCCUAGUGACACUACUGAGGAGCAGCACCAAGAGACAUUGGUGCUGGAAUUGGGUAAGUGGUGGUGGUGUGGAGGCACUCUAGUGUUAGGAAUAAAGUUUUGUAUUCCUAACACUGUAGUUUUCUUUUCAGGGGAAUAACUCCUAAGGUCUCUAUCCUCUAGUUGAAUUAUAAGUGUUUUUGUUUUUAUUGCACUUAACUGUUUUUCAUCAACACACUUUACACUGAUCUGCCACAACAUUAAAACCACUGACAGGUGAAAUAAAUAACAUUGAUUAUAUCAUUACAAUGGCAACUGUCAAGGGAUGGGAUAUAUUAGGCACCAAGUAAACCUUAAAAUUCAUGUGUUGGAAGCAGGAAAAAUGGGCAAACAAAAGGAUCUCUGAGUUGCUUUGAAAAAGGCCAAAUAGUGAUGACUAGACCAUUGGGCCAGAGUAUCCCCUAAACGGCAAGUCUUGUUGGGUGUAUCCGGUAUGCAGUUAGUACCUACCAAAAGUGUUGCAAGGACAACAUGUGUUAGGGUCAUGGGCUCUCAAAGUUCAUGUGAGAAGCAAAGGCUAGCCUGUCUGGUCCGAUUAAACAGAAGGGCUACUGUAGCUCAAAUCGCUCAAACCUAAUUCUGGCCACGAUAGAAAGGUGUCAGAACACACAGUGCAUCGCAGCAAAACGGGCAGAGUGCCCAUGAUGUCUCCUGUCCAUCGCCAAAACACUUUCAAUAAGGAAGUAAGUGCCAGGACUGGACCAUAGAGCACUGGAAGAAGGUUGCCUGGUCUGAUGAAUCACAUUUUCCUUGAUAUUAUGUGGCAAUUGUUGAAUGUUAAAAAAAAAGAGGGUAUGUCCCUCGGCUAGAAGUGACUCCGCAUGAGUUAACAUAUUUAAUAUUUUAACUUGAAAACUUAUUUCUGUUUGUUAAUGUUCUUAGAGUGGAGUGAGCUUUUUAUUUAUUUAUUUAAAUUCUUUAUUUUUCUAGCACCAAGGCAGCGAUACAAUACACAGUAUAAACCUACUACAAUCAGUACUUGUAGUUUCACAUUUCAGAACAAAAAUAGAAUUAACAACUAAAAUAAGACAAGAAAAACAAGACACUUUACAAUGACAGUACUUCACUAUUGAAAGCACAGUUGAAUUGCACUCGAUAGGAGCCUAUUAACCCAUACCUUGAAUACCAAUUAUUUAUUUAUAAAAUAUUUUACCAGGAAAGAUACAUUGAGAUUUCUCUCGUUUUCAAGUAUGUCCUGGGUCCACAAAUCAUUGCAUUGUUACAAUUAGGGUACAAUAAAAUACAAAAACAAUAUAAAUACACAAUAAAUACAAUAUUUAACAUAGAACAGGUAGGAAAUAUAUAAUCAACCGUGACAGGUGCAUUCUGUUUUGAGAUCUAUAGAGAGGGAUCUCUUAAAGGACUUUAGGCUUGGGGAAGAUUUUAAAGUGUGCGGGAGUUCGUUCCACAAUUGAGGCGCUCUGUAGGAGAAGGAGGAUCGGGCUGCUUUCUUUUUGUAUUGAGGUAGACUAAAUAAAGUGCUGGUACUGGAUCGGAGGUUAUAGGGGAACAGCCGAGGAGAGCAUUUUGCUCAGGUAGGGUGGGAGUUUCGCAGAAAAGCUCUUAAACACAAGGCUGGAAAGAUGAAGGGUGCGUCUGGAUUCCAGCGACAGCCAGUUUAGUUCUUUUAGCAUGUCACAAUGGUGAGUCCUGUAAUUACAUUGUAGCACAAAUCGGCAGAACGAGUUAUACAAUGUGUUGAGUUUAUUAAUGUGGGACUGCGAUGCAGAUGCAUAUAGUUCAUCCCCAUAAUCAAUGAUUGGCAUCAGCAUUUGCUGUACAAUCUUUUCCUUUACUGUAGGGCUUAGGCAGGAUUUGUUUAUGUACAGGGCACCUAGUUUUGGAUAAAGUUUAGAUGCAAGCUUUUCUACGUGCAGGCCAAAAGAUAGAUUGGGGUCUAGUAUCAUACCCAAGUAUUUGAAAGAGUGGACUGCGGUCAGUGUGCCAUUUGAAUUUGUUUUGAUGGAUAGGUGGGAAUUGUGUAAUUUAGGUACUGUUAAAAAGAUCAUUGUGACAGUUGUCCCCCGUGCUAGUGCCAAUAACCCUCCUUAACAUUUUUCAGUGUGCUAGAGUAGGCAAAUCAAAAGAAUCAAAGAACUAGAACCGAUUCUACACCAUUAAACCCACACAAAACCCUGCCCUCUUUCUCCUAAGCUAUGGACCUUCAUCCCGGUCUCCCAAGGAGCACACGCCAAUAGCAGUGGGCUUAUCCGUCAAAUGGUUUUUCCUUAUCCUUUGUUUAUCUUCUGUCAGGGUAGGCAACGUAUCGCCUUUUGCAGCUAGGGCUCUACGAGCUGCCAUUGUUAUUCUAUAGAACAAUUUCAGCAAAUGAGCCAGUAGCCCCUUCCCAGCCUGGGUGUCAGCUCAUUCAGUGGGUGUGGAAUCAGCUCACCCACACACCCCAGUGGUGAGCGAGCUGUAAUCUUCAAUCCCUUCUUGCUCUGCUCUCUCGCAUGCCCUGCAGUGAUACUGGGAACUGGAAUAUGACAUCACUCCGAGGGCAGAGCAGAAGAGAUAGUAAAUCAUUAGGAGACCAUUGUGCAUGCACAGCAACAUACCACACUGCGCCAAUCAGCAUCUCCUUAUGGGAAAUGUUCAAGGCCUCCGUUUAAAGUGUGGAGACGCUGAACAUAGGUGUUGCACACUGGGCAGUACUGGACUAAGAAGCACCUCUAGUGGCUGCCUGAGUACUGUCACUAGAGGUGUUACUAGGCCAUAAUGUAAACACUGCCUUUUCUCUGAAAAAGAUUCAGAAAGCCCAAACCCGCUCUAGUUCUAGGCCAGUACAACAUCUGCCUGGCAAUCUGGCAAUGCUUGCAUCCCCAGAUAAAGUUGUCUAUGGCAGUCUGCAGAGAGGGAGGUAUAAUUUCAAAUCUGGCUUCCUUGCAUACAAAAUGGCCUAACACUCGUUAUCUCAAAAAUGUUCUACAUAUACAAAAUCUUUCCUCUUUUUUUUUCUCACAAUUUUCUCCAUUUAUAGUCCCUCUUUUUCUUGUUGAUAAGGAGGGAAUUUAAUUUAUGAAAAACAAAUGAGCAUUGCAGAAAUGUGUUGCGUGUCCCUGUAAUAGCAUAAGAUUUUUCUAGAACACCAACAAAUUCCUGGUACAGUAGAUACAACAGCUAAAGAGUAUGUCAUGACUUAUAUAAAUUACUGUUACAUUGCAACAUCCUCCAGUUUAAUCGCUAACCUUUUUAGAGUGGUUUGAUAGGGUCUAUCCAAGUAAGUUCCCAAAGGAAAGUCAGUCUGCGGUAUAAAGCCCAUAGUAACAAUUCUCACUGCGUGCUCCUCUACUUUGCAUCAACAGUUAGUAGUAGUUGUAAGUCGUGUUAAACCUGUUUCGUGUGAAAGACAUUAAGCACUAUGUUUGACACCAGAAAUUAUUUUAGAAAUGAUAUUUCCAUUUUCCUGUGUCUAAAGUUUGAAGCAAAAUUACUGGAGCAGCCUCUGCCAACAUCCAUAACGGAGUACAAGAACCACCCGCUGUAUGUUCUGAAAAGGCACUUGCUCAAGUAUGAAGCCAUAUACCCAGAGACAGCCGCCAUCUUGGGCUACUGCCGAGGUGAAGCUGUAUAUGCAAGGUAAAAGCAAAAACUACAUGAAUGCCUGUGUGUGUAUAUCAUAUACUGAACAAAAUGAUAAACGUUUGUUUUUGCCCCCAUUUUUCAUGAGCUGAACUCAAAGAUCUAAGACUUUUUCUAUGUACACAAAGGCCUAUUUCUUUCAAAUAUUGUUCACAAAUCUGUCUAAAUCUGUGUUAGUGAGCACUUCUCCUUUGCCGAGAUAAUCCAUCCACCUCACAGGUGUGGCAUAUCAAGAUACUGAUUAGACAGCAUGAUUAUUGCACAGGUGUGCCUUAGGCUGACCACAAUAAAAGGCCACUCUAAAAUGUGCAGUGUAGAUUUGAUUUAAGUCACUAGUCAGUAAGGUUCUAUUUAAAUCUUGAUGUUUAAUUGUAGACUCCUGUUUGCUGGUUGUUAUAAUCUUUAAUAUUUGCAACAAGAUGAAUAUUUCAUAUUUAGAAUAACUUAUCAAAUGAGUUUAACAGUUAUAUCAUUAUAAAUUCAUGUCUAAUAGUGAAAUGAUUUCAAGGUGAACAAUGUCCAGUUUAAUAGGUUAAUCAUUGAUGUUUGGAGAACCAUUUAAAGGUGUUCAUUGUGUGUACAUAGACUUGCGGGAUAACAAUAGAAUUAAGGUCUUUUUGUGAACUUUGUUUUUUAUAACACUUUUGCUGUGAAAUAGUGCAUAUUAUAUUUGCAGCAAGAAGUUCAAUUCAUUUGGAUUAUUGGUAUUAAUUUAGGAAUUUUUCAUUCCUAUUUGAAUCUGAAUAACCUUUUGGGCUAUCUUUUUUUUAUUUAAAGGGUUACUCCAAGUCUUGGAUAAAGUUUGCCUUUUUAGGCUUAAAAUUAUCAUUGCCAAUAGGUCCCCUCUCCAAUAAUGUUUACAUUUUCCUGUAAUCAAGCAAUAGGCUAAGUGCCCGACAUCAGCUUCACUGGAGACCUCACGCGGUCCAAUCACAGGUUUUUUCCUAGACAAGCAUGUGACUGGACCGUCUUGCUGGCUCCAAGCAUGUGCACGCACUUUGAGCUGGCGCAUGGAAGGUGGAAUUUUUUAUUAAAAAAACAAAACUAAAUACAAACAAUACAGGGAGGGGAGAGCAAGCUUCCCUUAACAGCCGAAUUGCCUGCACGGGGGAAUAUAAUUGUGUCUGUUGCCAGUGUGCUGAUGACAGAAGUAAAAUAUGCACAGAAUUGACAUUAGGCAGCCCAGAACAGAGGUCAGUCUCUGCCUCAAAACGCUUUUGUUUUGUAUCCCAGAAUUCCUAGGCACACUUAGAUUUGGAGGGCACCAUUAAAAACAACUGAAAAUGGAACCGCAAAAUAUAGGCCAAAAUUGAAAAUUCCCCAACGCUGUUAGUUCUCCUGUGUAAGUAGUGAUAGCCAGUUAAGCAUCAAUAAAUGCUUCAGUAAUGAAACAGUUAGUGUUCACUGACUACUAGGAAUUUUUGUAGUUUAUGACCUCUGUAUCAGCAUGACAUAUACCCACCUGAAAGAUUAGGGUGCUUAGAUUUGGAUAUACUGUAUUUUAUUCUGCAGGUCCUGUGUCCACACCCUGCAUUCAAGAGACACCUGGUUGAAAGAAGCACGCGUUGUGAGGCUUGGAGAGGUACCAUAUAAGGUAAUUAGGAUUGGUGCUUGUGGUUAGUGUCCCUUUAAUUCUGUGCAUAAGGGAUUCACAUCUAGCUGUAGUUUUUAGCAGCAUCAAAGUGGACACUGCUCACAUAAUCGGCAAGUAGAAAAGUAGUAAACAGAUAUUUGUGGUCGGUUAAUACAUGGACAGUGAAAUAUCUUGUGAUUGCAUUAAGUCGGUGUGGUGUGCCGAAACCGACGUAAGGGUAGGCCUGUAUAAAAAGAGGGCCCCCAAAGGAAAUGUAUAAGUAUGAAGAGGGUGAGGUGAACAGCGUACGUCACAGCGAAGGGGAGUAGCCUUUUUAUAGGAACGCUAACUCCUCCCACAAAUACAGGCCUGCAGCCUUAAAAUGUAAAGAAAAUAUACCAUAUAAUUUAAAUGCAAUAAAAAAAAAAAAAUUUAAAUAAGUUUUCUUUUCUACAGUGCCAGAUUGUAAAUGCAGGUGACCCAUGAUUUUGCACUCUUGUUCUUUUGUCUGAACAGAUGGUGAAAGGACAGUCAAAUCGUGCAAGGAAAGCACGCCUGGCAGAUCCGGAGAAGAAGGAUAGCCCAGACCUUGCUCUGUACGGUCCCUGGCAGACUGAGGACUACCAGCCCCCUGUAGCUGUAGGCGGGAAGGUGAGAAUUGGAUUUAAGAAUCACCAGUGACGGUAGGAUGUGGAGACCGUAUUCAUUAUAUGUCAAUGGAAUUAGAGGUUUUCAGGAUUGAUCAGUAAAAUUAUCCUUCUAUUUUUCUUCCUCAAAAUAUUGUAUAGCUCAUUCAUUCAAUAAAUGCAAUACAAGUAAAUUAGACCCGUCUUGAUAAUUUAACUGUAACUGAGAAGAGCUCCCAAUGCAGUGAAUACAUGGUUAUUGUAAAUAUGUAAGCAUUUAUCUCCUCUCUGGCAAUGAUAAAGGGCCUUUAAAUUUGAAGUGAACUGCACUGGUGAGUUUAUUUUCGUUUGAUUAUUUCUUUCACGCUGUGGCAAAAAUUAAAUGCUUAAAUGUAUGUUUGAGUGAGCGAGCCUUGGCAGUGAAUAAUGGAGGUAUGGUAACGCUCUCUCAAUCCCGAAUUUGUGUUUGUUGGACAGUUUAUGAUGUUUUUUUGUUGUCUGCACCACAGGUUCCACGUAACGAGUUUGGGAAUGUGUAUCUAUUUAAACCUAGCAUGUUGCCCAUUGGCUGCACACACCUACAGGUGCCAAACCUCAACAGAGUGGCCAGGAAGCUGGACAUCGACUGUGUUCCUGCAAUAACCGGCUUUGACUUUCAUUGUGGCUUUUCGCACCCUGUGUAAGGACUUCCUACUAUAGAUUGUAGACUUCAUCCAAGAGGCAGGGAAAAAAGUUAAGGAAGGGCUUCAACGUUUUAAUAUGUUAAAUGUUGUAAAGAUCCCCCCUCCCUUCACCUCCCCCUCCUUUGGGAUUUACGCAUCCAUUCCUAAGAGCAUCUGUGACAGCGUAGUUGGUGAAAAACAUGGCUAGGGACAUUGCAGAAAGUCUUGCUGUGUUAAACUGAGGACCCAUCCAGAUUGCAUCUGUAUGUCUUGAAAUCACUCAAAGACUCUAUAAAAAUGCCCUAAACUACACACCUUUAUCUCUUACAACACUCAUAAAAUGGGCCCCUCUAAGCAAGAGAUAACUCUAACACAGGCUUUCAGAUUCAGAUUGCCCUAGUUUUUGUUCUUCAGGAAAAGCCCCAAGCCCUUUUAAAUUCCUUUAUGAUUUUCAAUAGAAUGCCAUUUUAGGUAUUUACUACCCACUCUAACUGACUACUAUGUUUUGCUGUUCCAGAUAUCUACUACCAUUCUAUAGCAUGGUUUGCCAUACUGUGUCCAUUAGAAGACAAUUCAAGAUAUCUUUCAGCAUCUCAAUAUGUAUGCAUAUUGGCAGGUAGGGAUUGACCGAUUAUCGGUUUUACCGAUAUAAUCGGCCGAUAUUCGGUAUUUUCGAAACCUGGCGGUCCUGGGGGGGAUGGGCAGCAAGCGCUUAUUCACCUCCCAGCAGCUCCUUCAGCUCCCCAGUGUAAGUCUCAUGAGACCAGCGCCCAUCAGAGCCGCGAGACUUACACUGGGGAGCUGGAGGAGCUGCUGGGAGGUGAAAAAGCGCUUGCUGCCCGCCCCCCCCACAGCUCAGCCAAUGCCCCUUGACCACCAGGGAUUGCUAUAUCCCCCCUCCUUGGCCAGGCAACAAGCAGGGAGGGGGGACAACAAAAAUAAUUAAAUAUAUAUUAAAAAAAAAAAAUUUAAUAAAAAAUGCCCCCUCACACACACACUCCAUUAUAUACACAUACACUACACAAACACACUGUGUAUAUAAUGCAGUGUGUGUUUGUGUAGUGUGUGUGUGUGUAUAUAAUGCAGUGUGUUUAUAUAAUGCAUACUACACAAACACACACACACUGCAUUAUAUAAACACACUACACAAACACACUGUGUAUAUAAUGCAGUGUGUGAAGUGUGUUUAUAUAAUGCAGUGUUUGUGUAGUGUGUUUAUAUAAUGCAGUGUGUGUGUGUGUGCAUUUAGUAUAUACAGUAUUCACUUUACACACACACUGCAUUCACUUUACGCACACUACCCAAACACUCUGCUUUCAUUAUAUACACACUAGACAAAUACACACUGCAUCCACUACACAAACACACACUACACAAACCCACACAGCUCCCCUGUCUAAACACACUGCAUCCACUACACGUGGCAUGUAUGUUUUGUGCAUUUACCUUUAGAAAUAGUUUUUAUUUUCCAUAAUGGUAAAUGUACAGAAUAUCGGCAAAUUAUAUUGGCUAUUGGCCUUAAAGUUAACAGAAUUUCGUAUCGGCUCUAAAAAAAUCAAUAUCGGUUGAUCCCUAUUGGAAGGCUUUUCCGAGUGUCUACUACCUUUUCACUGUUUGUUAUUACUAAUUCUACUGGAAAGUAGCAUUUUUUUGGCAAGGCCAUGCUGCCUUGUCCCAGUAUGUAAAGUAUUGUCUUUCUUUUACAGAACUGAUGGUUACAUAGUCUGUGAAGAGCACACGGAUGUCCUGUUGGCUGCCUGGGACAGUGAUCAGGCAGAGAUGGAAAGGAAACAAAAAGAGGUGAGUGACGCCUAGCCAAAAGCAUGUAUUGGAGACAAGAGCAUUUAACCAAGCACCAUAACUAUUACAGCAACAGCCUGUGCCAUGCUUUGUGUACAUAUGAAAUUAAUAACAAUAUUGGGGGGAGGGGAGGGUGCAUAGUACAUAUGCAGUGGCUGGAAAUCUUGUAUAUUGCCUUUAAUACAUCACACAUGGAGGUUGUAUUACAGGCAGCAGUAACACACUAAAAGAGCUAAUGCAUAUCCUUAUUGAGUGCUGCAUAUCUCUAGACACCUAACAAGAUUAUUUCAUGGACCAUACAAUUAAAGCUACUUUGCAAAGCAAUGGAAGCCAUGGCACAAUUUAUUAUAUCACCAGUAGUAGUUAGUUUCAUAUAUUUUUCGUUACUGGAGUUAGUGUACAACGAAGGCAGCCUCCAUAAAAGCUAGGCAGCAGCACCACGACCGUACUUCACUGUGGGGGUUAUUCACAAAAACAUUGUGAAUACACCAAAUAUUUGCAUAUCUUAGACCAAAUUAGUUGAAUUGGAAUUAGUCGCUUCUAUUUCCAUCUUGGCACUAUUCGCUUUGAAAGAAAACUCAAAGCACCAUAUAGACAGAGGUCCACAGGCGUCACAAUGAAGUUCAUAAAAGAAAAGCAUCACAAUCACUGCAGUGCCUUGUCAGUGGUUAUGGUACCAUGAUGCCUUGAUGCAUCUACAUAGUAAUUAGACAAAACUGCUCCCUGUCUCUACUACUGCUUGGAAGCCUCUGCAGUUGAGGAGCUGAACCCUAGAUUGCUGGCAACAUCAUGGGGGCUGCAUUGGAGGUGUAGAGUGACAUGCGGCAGACUCCAGGUAAGAAGUUAACCAAUUUAAAAUAGUUUGAUUACUUACUGUAGGAAGACAUCAGAGCACCCCUAACACCAGGUGUGUUCCGGUAAAUGUUCUAUUCCCCCAGUGAAUUCCCUACAAUUUACCUUUUAGUCAAUAAUUGUGAAUGUAUUUGAUAAUGGUGUUUUAACUGCAGUUACAUGAACUCCCCCAGUGUCUUGUUUAUACUGACAACUGACUAUUCUGGCUUCUUGUCUGUGUUGUAGAAACGUGAAAAACGAGCACUGGGCAACUGGAAACUGCUCAUAAAGGGACUUCUGAUUAGAGAGCGUCUCAAAGCCCGCUAUGGGAAUAAGGUAAGCUGAGUAGUAACUGGUAGACUUGCACACAAAUCUUUUUCAGCUCCCUUGAAUAAAUCAAAUGCAUGUUAGUAUAUGAACGAACAAAUCGCUGAUUUUAAAGCAGUACUGUCACUUCCACCUGCAAAAUGAGUAUUUCAUAAAGAUAAAAUCUCCAUCGAGGGUCUUUGAAAAUUAUGUCCCCAGACAAAGACAUUGACACUUUCAUCUUUUUGUUAAUCUAUAGACUGACAGGCAUUUUACCCACUUCUCUGCCUACGUAUUUAUCACAUGACGAUUUAAUAGAUUGAAGUGCAAAUAUCACUUGACUGUGUGUUGUAAGCAAAACAAUUUUAUCUAAUUUCUAACUGGUGUAAGAAUCAUAUUUCAUCUUAAAAACUAUACUAUGGCCCUGCUGUCUCUUAAAUGGAAGCUAGAUUUGGCUUGUAUAAAACACUAUAAUUGUAUUGUUUUCUUACAUUUCCAUAGCAGGAAGAAGAAAAAAAUAAAAUAAUGAUUUGCCUAAGCUCAGAAGUAAUAUAUCCUUAUAUACAUGUAUGCACAUAUUGGUGCUUUAAAAAAUAUCAAACACUCCUAAAAAUAUAGCAUACAGAUUUUCUGGCAUACUAAAUGCCAUACAGGAAAUUACUUCUGUCAGAAUUAAAUAUUUGUUGCAAAAAAAUCCAAUCUACGAAUCCACGAAUACAGAUGGGAGAAAAACCUUUAAAUAAAACAAGUCUAUUCCUUUUAUCAGAAAAUAAAAUGAUCAAGUAGAAAAGGCAAGCGUCCCUUGCAAAAAAAAGGUAUAUAGCUUUCACUUAACACUUCUUAAUUAAGGUAUAAUGAACUAUUAGCCAGAAAAAAUGCAAAGAUUGUAUUUAUCCUAGCACUGUUUAGUAAAGGCAGUUUCUUGGUGUGGUUUUUUUAAUUCAGUGGCAGAUUUUGCUGUAAUGCAUCUAAAAGGUGGGUUGUACAAUACUAGUUAUCCAUUCGCCAAACUCCUUCAUGUUACUACUUUAAAAGGUAGCAAAUGGCUGUCAAAUGCACUGGGGAAUUUGGAAACCAGUGCUGUGCAUGUUGGAUCUCACGGUCCCUUUAAAUGCCUUAUUUUAGGCUUAUACCUCUCUGCCCUCUGCAUAGAAGCAAGAACUACAAAUAUGUAUGUGUUUGCUAGACGUUCUACCAACACAAUGACUGAAUAACACUUACUUGCCUGAAGGAAACCUUGUCAGCCACACAUAUGCUGACUGUUUUGUGGAUACAUUAUAACAGUUAUUGCACUUUCUAUUAAACAGGAUAUAGAGCAGUCUAGCUCGAAUGCGGUGGACAAAGGAUUCUCUUCUGAUGAGGAAAAUCAAGCAGAGACUGUGGCUCAGGACAUUGCUGUGUCCUGGCCCCAAAACCGCCAGACAGAAGACACUGGAGGAGGAGGAAAAGUGAAACAAAAAAGCAAACGAGAAAAGAAAGGAGAAACAAAGCAUUUGUUCCCAUUUGAAAAGAUGUGACAUUUCUCAGGAUCGCAGGCAUGGAGAAACUGCUGCCCUAACGGUGGGUUCAUUGCAAUGAAAUCAACAGUUCAUGUUUGGUAAUCAGAGUAUUAUCAGCCCACCACACUAGAAGAGGAGGAUUCUUACAUUACGCAUGGCAGUACUCUUGAUCUGUAGAUCAUGUUUCUUUUUACACCAUGCCAUCUGAAUGGGCCAGUACAUGCAUACAUUUUCAGAUGUUAUAAGAUCUGUCUAGGUUCCAGCCUAGCUGUAGAUCCUGCACCUAUUUCACAGAAUGCUUUGCUUAAAAGGCAGAUGGGACCUAAUUGUGUGCACAGGACAUCUAGCAUUCCCCUGCUCCUCCCAAGCUGGAACCAGCUGUCGUAUAAAUAUUUAAUCUGUGAAUACAUAAUGUAAAAUGACAUGAUCUGCAGGUGUCUUAUGAUAUCCGAAGCUGCUGCUUAGUCCACUAGAUGGCAUUUUUUUCAAAUUGUUUUUCAGUUGAUAAACAUUAACAGGAGGACUUCUAAUAAUUAGUAAUAAUUUUGUACUGUAUUUUCACAAUAAAACACAAGUUGUAGAAUUUCUGGCAUUAAAUGUCCAUUUUAUUUCAAUCAAAAUGAUACAAAGUAGUGGUAAAAAUAUAUAUAUCUUUGGCAUUAUCUCAACAGGAAGCAAUAUUACAGUUGAUGUUUGGGGGAAAAAAAAAUUAAUGACACAUCAUUUGGGAUUUUAAGUAUUCUUACAAAUCUGAAGGCUAUAGGUUGGGUUGGGUUAGCACAAAACUGAAAAAAAAAAUAGAUUGGAUUUCUUCCAUGAUUCCCAAGUUAUUAUGUACUAUUCUAGAUAUUGUAAUCUAAUGCUUGGCUAGUUUUAUCACAAACUAACACACAACCAUCUUUGUGUUCAAUGCUAUAUGCAGACUGGACUCAGGACUGACCGUGAUCUGUACCAGGCAAAUAUAUUCUGGUGUAUCGGUGGGGGACUCGGGGGGGGUACAUUCCUUUCAAUUCAUUAUGAGUGACUAACUCUAAUGCACAAAAAGAGAAUUGCCAGAAAUGUAAAGUGAUUAUUAAAAUGUAGGACAAUCUAGCUGCAUUAGAUAAAAUGUCAAUUCUGUUUUCAGAAUUUACUAUUUUGUCCUUGAAUUUGAAAUUCGAAUUCCUGGUAAGUCUUACUUUAGUGAAUAAUCCUGUAUAAUGUCAGAAAGUGAAUUUAAAAUGUUUUGGCCAAAAUAGCUAAAUUGUGAAAAAUCUUAUACCUGACAAUUUAGUUCAGCUAAUGUUAUCUAAAUUUUUAAAUUUACCUUAUAUACCGAACCAAUUACAAUUUACUAUAAACUUAUUACAAAUGGGCACGACAUUUACCUCUCUUGAGAAACAACAGGUUAAACCCAGAUUUGCAAACUUGAUUGUCUACAUUUACGUUAAUCAUACAAUACUGGAAAAGUUGAUGCAAGCAUUCUCAAAUGACUAAAACCUGCACUCCACAUUACCUAUAUAUGUUCCCAUAAAUGUGCAUACAAAAAAAAAGUUAGCAAUUCAUUUCGUUGUUCUAAGACCAAAUACAAUUGAUUUUCUUUGUGGUUUCCGAUUACCACCUUGAAAGUGCAUUUUUUUUUAUUAUAUUUUUUAAACUAGGGAAUUAUUAAACUGCCCUGUCCGUGCGUACAGUGUAUUUUUGUUCCAAGCCUGUGCACGUUCAGCUUCUGAGAUAAUACACAGGACAUCAAAAUAGUGGAAAGUGAACUAGAACUCCCAUGAACUUUGCCAACCAAAAAUCCUGGAGUGGCCUCAAUUGUUCAAGGGAAUUGUAGUGUAGUAAAAUUUGGCAGUUAGAAAUGUCCUCACAAACAUUACAGACUUUAUUCAUUGAACUAGCAACUGUGGAGAAUGAGCAAUAAAAUUGCUAAUAUUUGUUUUUACCUAAAAUUCUGGUUUAGUAAAUAAGUCCCUAACACAAACUGGUGCAUUGUCAAGUUGUUAUACCAUGGAGUUGACUUAUCAGUCCAACAAUGAACUCUGUGUUCCAUAGAAUAACAGAUUCUUUUUUGUUUUAUUAUUAUUCCAAAGUGUAUUAUUUAAGUACCUGAAAAGUUUAAAUAAUGGUAAUAGAAGCCACGCAAGCAUUAUCUCACAGCCCUCACCGCUUUAGUCACUCACCAACAUUGGAAGAACAGAUGUCUAUUACAUAUGGCACAGAAUAUAAUUCAUGUUAACAAUCCCAGAUCUGAUUUUUCCUUCCCAGUGGUAAAUGUUACCAGAAAAUAACCCUACUGGUACUUCUUUGCAGGAACGCGUGAUUUGGCCAGUACAAUAAUACCAACACUGAUAGCUCCCAGGAGCAGGGAUACCAAUGGGCGAUAAAAGAACCAACCCAGGGCGAUUGUCAGGAGAGAAAGUGAGGUGGACACACACAAGGCAAAGAUCUUCAGUCCAAGGCUGACCAAGUCACGCAGGACAGGAAACCAGUCCACUAUAUAUAGAGAGGAAAGAGGCAUAUCAGAGCAAUGCAAAAAAAAGAAAACUUAAACAAGAUAUAUCUGUGAAUUAUAUCAUAAUUUACCUAUUGUUACUAACUGGUGAGCAACAAAAUAAAGCAAAUUAGAGCAGAGUGCGGACAAAUGAGAAUGCAUAACACCAUAAAGCCAUAUAAUUUCUUUAGUAAAAUGUGGUUAGCUCUACAGGAAUGUGGUCAUUGGCCAUCUUCCGUGCUUUAUUUCCCUGCAGAAGAAGACCUGAAGUGCUACCUGGAGGACCAAAGUUGUCAAACCAUACUAAAAACCUUUUUUGAGCACAGAGAUCUGUGAAAAUGUUGACUGCCAUUUCCUGUAUGCACUUUUCACACAAACAACACAGGUUGCUCUCUUUAGAAUUUUCACCGAAAUUAAAAAGCACUUAGAAGUUAAAGGGACAGUUUGUUGAAGUGCCUUAUAUGUGAAAAGUGUGUCUUUUUUUUCAUUUUACAAUAAAGUUCAGUCCUGUUACUUCCUGGUUUAUUUGGCUUAGAGGAGCAAAACUCAAGAGGCAGCAAAUGCCCACAGCACCUCAAAGACUUCUCAUUGAGCUGAAUUGAAAGUCUGUGAUUGAACAGUCACAAAGUCUGGGCGGGGUUAGAAGGGGAGGGCUUGCAAAAGCAGCAGAUAAGAGAACAGAAAAAAGAUAAUUAAAGGGACACUAUAGUCCCCAUAACAACUACAGCUUAAUGUAGUUGUUCUGGUGCGUAUGAUUGCCUUGAGGCAUUUUCAUGCAAGCACUGCCUUUUAAGAGAAAGGGUAGGGUUUACAUUUCCCCCUAGGGACACCUCCAAAUGGCCACGCCUCAGAUUUCCACUGGAGGUGCUUCCAGAGGCAGUGCUGCGCAGUAGGCAGCACUGCCGUUUAGUGUCUCCACGCUCUGCAUGGAGACACUGAAUUUUCAAUGCAUCGCUGAGGAGGUGCUGAUUGGCUAUGAGAAAGCAUUGGAUUGUUUAAAAAUUCUGAUGUCGGAUUGGGGGCGGGGCCAGUAUCAGCAGACCAGCACGGUGUUGGAAAUAAGGUGUUUUCACCGUUUGAAGGUGGCUAAAGGGGGUGCAAGCCACAAAAAUGGUGAAUUAAACACUACAGGGUCAGGAAUACAAACAUGUAUUGUGUUUGUGUUCCUGACCCUAUAGUGAUCCUUUAAGUGCGUGCAUGUUGAGGGUAUAUGUACUAAACAGUCAUUUUUUUAUUUAGGCAGUGACGUUUCUCAUUAAGUAAAGGCCAAUGCAAACUUCCAAAGUUCAGAGCUCUAAGAAGAAGUUGAGGAUUGUGCUUACGAAUCAUAGACACAUUCUAACUGUCCUACAGUAUGCAGCCUUGCUAUUGACUGCAAUAUAUGCAUGUUGUGCCAUUAGCCUAGUGUGCUCAGCAAGUAUACUUUGGCAACCACAUUUCACAAUGCAUAUCAAGAGUGCCAAUUAACUGUAAUCAACACCAUUCAUGCAAUUUUUAUUUAAAAGUCAUGGACAAACACUUUUUGCACGAAAAAUAUGCUUCCCGAGAAUAAAUAAACAAAAUGCAUGUUAAGUCCACUUUACUAUUAUCGCUAAAUCACAUAGGAAAUCCACUCCAAAUUCAUGCAAACAAAGGAAUGUACAGAUUAUGUGCUUAUCAAAAGGGACAC